UUACGCUGUUUUGGCAUUAAAGGACGCGUGUCGUCAUCGCUGCUUUCGCGGACGUAUCGUUAUAAGCGUAAACGGCAGGGCUGAAGUCCCCAUGUAGCCAUAGCAACAGUAGCCGCCUAUAAAUCGGCUAACUCCAAUAAAACUGCCAUUUCAGGCCUAAAGAUCGAGUUGCUACCAUCGGAACAACGCCACAAGCCAGUUUAUUUACCAUUAAGUUAUUUUUGGUUGUCAUACUUUUGUUUAUGAAGCGAAGUGACGUAACCUUUCGACUAGCUAGCAUGCUAAGUUUUGUGUUCAUAUGGAAGCUGAGUUGUUUCCAAACAACUUGUGCUGUGUAUUUGUUGUCAUGUUAUCACGCAACAAAAACACGUUGACACCGGGUUUAUUCUCAACAGCUGAGCAUUAUGUCAUAACCUUAACAGGUCUUUGAAACUACUGAGGACUUAACAUUAGCUGAUGUUUUAAUAGUGUCACCGAUUUACUUUUGUAAUCUCAAACAUAUUGUUUUCUGGUGGAUGGUUCCUCUCCAAUAAAUUGAUAUUUUUAGUUUAAUGACACGUUUAGUUUCAGUUUAUUUGACGACACUAUGCGAGUCGAUAUGUGGCCCUUAUUGGAAGUUAGUUAUCGUCCAUCAACAACAAGGAUUCGUGGUUGUUUCCUCUUUCAGAAGUUUGAAAUUGAAGCAACACAAAACAGUUCUCUGUAAGUGUUGUGCCAUUGUCUUCAGGAAUGUAAAUGUCUGAGGACAGAGAAGCCCAGGAUGACGAGCUGCUUGCACUCGCAAGUAUCUACGAUGAAGAUUUCCAGCGGGCAGAAACCGCGCAGGGCGGAGAGUUCCGAGUCUGCUUGGAGCUUCCGCCUGACUUCCGGCUGGUCACUAAAGGAGACCGAGAGUUGGAGUAUAACGUUUGCUUCCUGCCUCCACUGGUGCUCAACUUUGAGCUCCCUGCCGACUACCCGUCCUCGUCGCCGCCAGUCUUCACUCUCAGCUCCAAAUGGAUGAGUAAAGGGCAGAUGAGCUCUCUGUGCAGACGUCUGGACCAGCUGUGGGAGGAGAACCACGGCAGCGUUGUCCUCUUCACCUGGGUCCAGUUCCUGAAGGAGGACACGCUGGACUUCCUGGGGAUCCAGUCUCCUCUUGAAGUCAUCAGAAGAAAUGUGAGCGGAAGCGCUGAGGAGGGAAGGGAAAGCCGGGAGGAGUCGACGACGGACUGUCGCGCCGUCCUGCUGAUGGACCCCCGCGCCGACCCCCUGCCGCAGCUGUUGGACUACGACGAGGCCCAGCGUCAGAGAGCGUUCGACUGCAAGCUGUUCUGCUGCGGGAUCUGCUUCUCAGACAAGCAGGGCGGCGACUGCCUCUGCUUCAAAGAGUGCCAGCAUGUCUUCUGCAAGGCCUGUCUGAGCGGCUACUUCCAGGUCCAGAUCGCAGACGGCAACGUCCAGUGCCUUAACUGCCCCGAGCCAAAGUGCACCUCCUCGGCCACGCCCCUGCAGGUGAAGCAGCUGGUGGGCGAGGAGAUGUUUGCCCGCUAUGACCGUCUGCUGCUGCAGUCCACUCUGGACCUGAUGCCCGACGUGGUCUACUGUCCCCGGCAGUCCUGUGGCACGGCCGUCAUGCUGGAGCCUGACACUACCAUGGGCAUCUGCUCGGCCUGCCGCUACGCUUUCUGUACCAUCUGCAAGAUGGGCUACCACGGCAUGUCGCACUGCAAGGCUUCCGCAGAGGAGCUCUCCAGCCUCAGAGACGAGUACUUGUCAGCCUCAGAGGAGCAGCAGGGCUUCAUGGAGAAGCGCUUCGGGAAGCGAGUGAUCCAGAAAGCGGUGGAAGAGUCGUCCAGCAGAGAGUGGCUGGAUGAAAACUGCAAGGAAUGUCCCCGCUGCAGCACCAAUAUACAGAAAGUGGACGGCUGCAACAAGAUGACGUGCACCUCAUGCCAUCAGUACUUCUGCUGGCUCUGCAUGGUCCUCCUCAGCAGAGUCAACCCCUACAGUCACUACAACAACCCUCAGUCCAAGUGUUACAACCACCUCUUCCUCGGUGUGGAUAUGGAUGAAGAGGAAGAAGACUUCUGAAGACACCUGAAUGCACUUUACCCCCUGACGUCAGCUGUGACACCUGCUAUGCCUGACAGUGCCACUCUGCCAAAGUGUAUCGUGAUUUCCUUUGGAUUAUCAGUUGGAAAAGGAUCAUGGGAUGUGGGUUUCUGCAGGUCAGUUUGUAGUGGUUCAUCAUCAAAUUCAGAUCCGUAAAAUGUAGUUAGCCUCACCCAUGUUCUGACCUUCUUGUCUCUGAGGAUAAAUCUGGCUGAACUAUGUUCCAGCCCAAAAUAAAUAACUGGAGAGUCAUGAGUGAGUGAGUGAGUGUCUGUGGAGGUCUGUCAUCAAAGUAACUCCAAAGGUUCUGGGCGUAUUUGGAUGAUACCUUCAGAAAGUGUAGCAAGUCUCUGCAUUCACUUGUUUGGCUUCCAGCUGCUGCUGCUCCCGCCCCCUGAACUGAGGUCACGAAACACAACAUACUGUCGAGUCACUGAAAUAAAUCAACCUGACUGUGGUGACAAAAUGUGUUGGUGUUUACUCAACAUUGUUUUAGGAGUUUGGCGACUCUAGAACGCUGCCUCUAGUGGUCAGGAGCUGCUGUUCCCUCUAGGCUGCUUCCUUUUUCUUUGGUGUUUUAU